AGAGCGCGGCGGGUAGACGUUGCGGACCCGGAGCGGGCUCCGUCCACUGCCUGUUCCAGCAGCGGGGCGUAGCCUAGGGGCCCUGGCUUGGAAGUAAGGGUCCUGCAGCCGGUCCUUGCUCAUCCGCCUGCGGGGGGUGCGGCACCGCCUCCGGGGCCGGCCCUGGAGCGCGCGGCCUUGGCGUUGGGGGUCCUGGGGCUUUGGCACCUUCGCUAGGACCCUUCCUUUCUUGGCCUCGCUUCCCUCUGGCAGAAAGGCCCUAGUGAUGUGACUCUUUAGGAGACUUUAAUUAACACAGGCCGAGCAGUACGCACCCUUCCUGUUUGCAGCAAUUUAUUUCCUAAUUAAACAGUUUUCACAGAGAGGAAGACAGUAAGCUUCAACCCAGGUUUCCAGCAGUGGCAGCAUUCAUGGCAGGGCCCCUGUGGCGAGCCACUGCAUUUGUGCAGAGACACAGAACGGGCCUGUUGGUGGGCUCGUGUGCAGGCCUGUUUGGAGCUCAGAUCUCGUACCACCUCUUCCCAGAUCCUGUGGUCCAGUGGCUGUACCAGUACUGGCCUCGGGGCCAGCCGGCGUCGCUCUCCCCAGAGCUGCAGAGGCUCUUCCAAGAGGUACUGCAGGACAUCGGCGUCCCCUCAGGCCAUCGCUUUGUGGCCUUCACCACCUUCACCUUCCAACCUGUGAGUGCCGGCUUCCCGAGGCUCCCUGCUGGGGCCGUGGUGGGCAUCCCCGCCAGUUUCCUUCCAAUCACCGACACCGAAGAGCCUGUGGUCGUCCAUGGGCAACAAGUGGACUGGCAGAGCCCGGCAGGUGCCCGGCUGAGAGAUUCCCUGACCCUGUCCCAUGCCGCCCAGAAGUUCGCCCUGGCCAGGGAGGUGGUGUACCUGGAGAGCAGCACAGCAGCCCUGCAGGCCCUCCCGGCCCCCGCUUGCCUGGUGGGCACCUGGGCCCUGGGCGUGGGGGCCAAGCACGCGCUGGGGCUCUAUGGGGGCCCCAUGAACUUACGGGCUGCCUUCAACUUGGUGGCAGCGGUGGUGGGCUUUGUGGCCUAUGCCUUCUCCACCGACUCGCUCACUCAUGCCCUGGAAGCCUGGCUGGACCACCGCACCGCGUCCCUGUCUGCAGCCUACGCCCGGGGCGGAGUGGAGUUCUACGAGAAGGUCCUGUCGGGCAACCUGGCCCUGCGCCGGCUCCUGGGCAAGCCUGGAGAGAAGCUGUAUACGCCCAGCGGGAAUGUCGUUCCCAGACACUGGUUCCGCAUCAAACAUUUACCCUACACCACCCGCCGGGACACUGUGCUGCAGGUGUGGCGGGCGACGCUCAACCCGGGCGGCUCCUGAGGCCCCAGCUCAAGGACAGCUCCCGCGCGUGCAGGCACCCCCUGCCACUGACUCUGGGGGACACUCUGGGGGACUCUGCGCCCACAGCCCAGUGGCGGAAGACUCCCAGGCUCUGGAGUUAAACAGCCUUGAUUUUACCCCAACUCACCACUUAGGAUCUCAGUGACCUUGGACACCGCCCUUUGUGACUCUGAGCCUUGGUUUCCCCUCCUGUAAAGUUGGGCUAUUGUAAACUACCUGGGAGGGUUACGCACUUGUACAAGAUCAUGAACUUAAGGGCCUGGGAGGGGUGCCAGAAAUGCACGGGAAGUCCCUCCUUGUUGGUCUUUGAAUAGUGAGCUGUGGGGCUCAGACCACAUCUCA